ACUCUGUGUUCUUCUCAUAAAUUCAUUCCUCAUACUAUCAUACCUAUCAUAUUAAGUUGGACAUUUUUGGAAGAGACGUUUGACGUACACAGUGGAAGCGGAAAGAAAGUGCCGUCACGGAGUCAAUAAUAUUCAUUUGUUAUAUAUUUACAUUUUUAAGAAGAAGUAGUUUACCUUUUAUUUGAUAUACAAAAAAAAAAAUGGCGCAAUAUGUACAAAUAGUAUACGACGGGUACUGGGACUUGAUGGACAACAAGAGCGAUCCCAGGGUCAAAGACUGGUUCUUAAUGAGCAGUCCUUUCCCAACUCUGGCGAUCUGUCUCUGCUAUGCCUACUUUUCCAAAGUCCUUGGACCUAAAAUAAUGGAAAAUAAAAAGCCGUUUGAUCUGAAGAGAACAAUGAUAUGGUACAAUUUCGCUCAAGUCAUAAUUUCCACAUGGCUUUUCUCCGAGUCUUUGGCAUCCGGUUGGGCUGGCGACUAUUCCUUUAGGUGUCAACCUGUCGAUUACUCGGGCAACCCUCAAGCAUUAAGAAUGGCUCGAGGGUGUUGGUAUUAUUACAUGUCCAAGUUUAUUGAGUUCACCGACACGAUCUUCUUCGUACUACGCAAAAAGAACGACCACAUUUCCAAACUACACGUGAUUCAUCAUGGAAUCAUGCCACUGUCAGUUUGGUUUGGAGUAAAAUUUACGCCAGGUGGACACAGUACAUUCUUUGGACUACUCAAUACAUUUGUACAUAUUGUGAUGUAUACGUACUAUCUUCUCGCGGCCUUCGGUCCGCGCAUUCAACCCUACCUUUGGUGGAAGAAGUACUUAACGUCUUUACAAAUGGUUCAAUUCGUGCUGGUAAUGGUCCACGCUUUCCAGCUCCUCUUCGUCGACUGCAACUACCCCAAGGCUUUCGUAUGGUGGAUCGGCUUCCAUGCCGUUCUCUUUUAUUUCCUGUUCCGUCAGUUCUACAAUGAGACUUAUAAUAAGAAAAUACAAAAGAAGCUUGCCAUUAGUGCCAAGGAGCGAAAGGAAAGGCAAUUGCACGAGCUCAAUAAUAAGCAUGAGAACCACCAGAAAAGUCGGAAUGGCUCCGUUUAUCCCAGUCAGUAUAAAAUGGCCACUGCCUACAUUUCCGACAGUGGACUAAGGAAUCGAGUUUUCAUAGAUAACCGAAGCAAUUACGACGAAUGAUCUCGAUAAAUAGACACAACGAUUAAACGUAUUUAAAUAUUGGCAGAAUAAAUGCGACAGGAACUGAAUAAUUGUUUUACUUGUGUUCCUGGUGUUGGCACUUACUCUUACAUAGCGGUCGCUGUUUUUAUAAAAAUUUCGGACUCCCGGACUGAUUGUCAUUACGG